CACUACAUUUUGGAGUGUGACUGUGGGGAUUUGUGAUCAUUCAACCACAAAAGCAUCAGUGAGAUAGAGGCACUGAUAUUAGGUGAGGAGGCCUGGGGUGCAGUCGGUGUUCCCAUUCAUCCCAAAGGUGUUCAGUAGGGUUGAGGUCAGGACUCUGUCCAGAACACUCAAGUUCUUCCACUCCACCUUUGGCAAGCCAUGUCUUCAUGGAGCUCGCUUUGUGCACAGGAGCAAUGUCAUGCUUGAACAGAUUUGGGCCUCUUAGUUCCAGUGAAGGGAAACUGUAAUGCUACAACAUACAAAGACAUCCUAUACAAUUGUAUACUUAUAUAUAACCACACAUGGGUGUGAUGCUCAGGGGUACACAAACUUUUGGCCAUAUAGUGUUGCUUACAUAAGUCUUUUUUUUUUUUUUAAACAUAUGAUUCUUUCUGUCUAUUUUAAAAUAUGUUUAUCUUAACUAAAUGAUUUACAAUUGAUAUAUUUGUGACAUUGUCAACAGGGCUAUUAAUUCCUUCUUUUUUAAAAAAGUAACUUUAAAAAUCAAUUUACAAACACAAGGCAAUUUCCAAUUCUCUUUUGUAAAAUAAAUGUUAUACGUUUUAAAGCUUUUCCUAAUAUUAAAGUGCUUAUUCGUGAGGCAAAGUCUCCUUCUUCUUUUUUGUUUUAAUGGCGGUUGGCAAACCAACUUAAGGUGCAUUACCGCCACCUACUGGACUGGAGUGUGGGCAGUAGAUUGGCAGAAAAAAUAAAAUAAAAUGGAAAAAAGUAAUAAUAAUAAUAAUAACACAUAAAUAAAAGAAAUUAAAGAGAUAAAUAACUAUAUACUAGAUAUUCCUACUAGAUUACUAAAGUCUCUCACUUAUCCCAGUAUUUUUUAGAUAGUUUAUUAGGGGGCGGUGCAUUUCCCCAGAUGUUUUCCCCAGCAAGUUCUCUAGUGUCAUGUUUUGCUUUCCAAUCUGCAUCUCUAGCUCAGUUCUUUCCUCCUCAUACCUUUUGCAGUCUAACAGAAUGUGUUUCACUGUCUCUUGUGUACUGCAGUGUGUGCAGAGUCCAGUGGGGUGUUUUCCUAUUCUGUCUAAUGCUAGAAUUAAUCCAGCAUGACGUAUUCUAAUUAUCAUCUCUUCCUUUGGGUUUCUGCCCUGCCUCACACUCAUGCCCACUUGGUUUUUUUUUUUUUUUUGUACAGUAUAUAGGUAUGAUCCGGUGUCAGCUGUGUAUGUGAGUCAAAGUCUAUCAAAAAAAUUUAAUAUUUAUACCCUCUAUGUAGCGCGUACGCUAGAAGCGCAUGACGUCAUACAACCGGAAAUAACGCGAUCUUUUUCCGGGUCAUUGUUUGCUGUUCCCGGACGUUUCACGCGGGAAAAGGGGGAGCAGAGCAGAGGCAGCAGAGAUGGGAGACACACUGGAGUUCAAUGAUAUUUAUCAGGAGGUGAAAGGAUUCUGGAAUGACGGCCGGUUGCGGUUCAGUAAACAGUCUGUAGUCUACAAAAGCAGUAAGACGGGAAAAGUGGACAGCAUCCCUGCCCCCGAUCUGUGUCUCGCACAGUGGCGGCGUGUCUGUCUCGGACACGGGAUCAAACUGGCAACGAGCAACGGCCACAUCUACAAAUACGACGGCUUCAAAGACACGGACUUUGAGAAAAUCUCCACAUUUUUUAAGGCCAACUACAAAGUUGAGCUGACAGAAAAGGACAUGUGUGUGAAAGGCUGGAACUGGGGCACUGCUAAAUUCUCAGGGCCGUUGCUGUCAUUCGACAUUAACGACAGUCCGGCAUUCGAGAUCCCCCUGGCCAACGUAUCCCAGUGCACCACGGGAAAGAACGAGGUCACUGUGGAAUUCCAUCAGAACGACGACGCCGAAGUGUCGCUCAUGGAGGUCCGCUUUUACGUCCCGCCCUCCACCGGAGACGAGGGCACGGACCCUGUAGAGAUCUUUUCUCAGAAUAUUCUCUCUCAGGCAGAUGUUAUUCAGGCUACCGGAGAUGCUGUGUGUAUCUUCAAAGAACUGCAGUGCCUUACGCCCAGAGGAAGGUACGAUAUUCGUAUCUAUCCCUCUUUCCUACACCUGCACGGUAAGACGUUUGACUACAAGAUCCCCUACACCACCGUCCUGCGCCUCUUCCUGCUGCCUCACAAGGACCAGAGGCAGAUGUUCUUUGUGAUCAGCUUGGAUCCACCCAUUAAGCAGGGCCAGACACGCUAUCAUUUCCUCAUCCUCCUCUUCUCCAAAGACGAAGACGUUAACCUCACUCUCAGCAUGAGCGAGGAGGAGGUAGAGAGGCGCUUCGAGGGAAAGCUGAACAAGAACAUGUCCGGCUCUCUGUACGAGAUGGUCAGCAGGGUCAUGAAGGCUCUGGUCAACAGAAAGAUCACGGUGCCGGGAAACUUCCAGGGUCAUUCAGGUGCUCAGUGCAUCACGUGCUCAUACAAGGCUACCUCGGGGCUGCUGUAUCCUCUGGAGCGGGGCUUCAUUUACGUGCACAAACCCCCGGUGCACCUGCGCUUCGAGGAGAUCUCCUGCGUGAACUUCGCCCGAGGCACCACCACCACGCGCUCCUUCGACUUCGAGAUCGAGACCAAGCAGGGCAGCCAGUACACCUUCAGCAGCAUCGAGAGAGAGGAAUACGGCAAACUGUUCGACUUUGUUAAUGCCAAGAAGCUGAGCAUCAAGAACAGAGGCAUAAAGGAGGACAUAAAGGCAACCGGUGGCUACAGCGACUCCGACGAGGAUGAGCACGAUGCUUAUUUGGAGAGGAUGAAGGAGGAGGGUAAAAUCCGAGAGGAGGGAGAUGAGUCCGAUGGCGACAGUGAUGUGUCCUUCAAUCCUGGCGAGGAAGAUGAUGACAUUGCUGAAGAAUAUGACAGUAAUGCCUCGGUGAGCGACAGCGAGGGAGAGGAGGAUGAUGAUAGCGGGGAUGAAGGGAGGAAGAAAAAAGUCGAGAAGAAGCCCAAGAAACCGGUGAAAGAGAAGAAGGAGAGAAAACCACGCAAAGAGAAGAAGGUAAAGGACGCAGGAGCCCCUAAGAGGCCCAUGAGCGCCUACAUGCUGUGGUUGAACGCCAACAGAGAGCGGAUCAAGUCCGAGAAUCCCGGAAUCUCGGUCACGGAGAUCUCCAAGAAAGCCGGAGAGAUGUGGAAACAGAUUGACAAAAGCCGCAAGGAGGAGUGGGAUAAGAAGGCAGAAGAAGCUAAAAAACAGUACGAGAGAGCAAUGAAAGAAUAUAAAGAAAGCGGCGGAGGAGCUUCAUCAUCUGCGGUCAAGGAAAAGAAGAAGAAAGGCGGGAAAGCGGAUGAGAAGAAAAGGAAGAGCGGAGGAGAGAAGGAGCGAGACAAAUUAGUAAACGAAAGCUUUAAGAGCAAAGAGUUCAUUUCUAGCGAGGAGAGCUCGUCGGAUUCUGAUCGCGGCAAAGGCAAAAAGCGCAAGGCUGAUGAGGAUGAGGAAGAAAUUGCCUCUACGCCACCGAGCUCGGAGGCAGAGUCCGACUCCGAAUGAAGUCGCACACGUGUGCUGGGGUUCUGAGAACGUGAGCUGCUGCUCAGGAUAAACGACCAAACUACACACCAUGUUUUCACGAAACGUCAUUUACAGAUCUGAAGCAAACAUUGCAGAGAAACGAAAUUAUAAUUGGCUAAAAAAAAAAUCAUCUAUCAUUAUUUAUAUAUAUAUAUACAUAAUGAUAGAU